AUGGGUGAUAAGGAACGUCUGACGCGUAACAAGCAGCGUGCCGCAGUGAAACGUGAUGCAGCUGCUAGCCAUAUCGAGUCAAUUUAUACUUUGGGUUUAUCUGCUUCUACUGACAGUUCUGUCAUUCCCAAAUUCCUUAUAGCCAGUGAAGAUAUCCAGAAUCAUUGGGAAACGUUCACCCUUGAGAAUGACACCAUGUUAGAAGCUAUGAUUGAAUUGGGUACGCAUGGUGAAUUUUCCAAUAACGUUGAAUUGGAGGUUCAAAAUACUCUACUUAAUGUUAAAGCCUUGGCAAAUAAAUUCCGCUCUAGUUCAGAUGCUGGUGUUGCGGCUAGUGUCACUAGUAAUAAUGACAAACCGGGUUCUGACAUUGUUAACGAUAACGUUGAUUCGGUAUCAAAUCCUACAACUCAAUUACCCAAGAUUCCAUUGCCUACCUUUGAUGGUCGCCUUCAAAACUGGCCAGACUUUAGAGACCGUUUCACCAUUUUAGUGGGCAAUAGGACACACCUGAGUAAUAUAGAGAAGUUUUAUUACUUAUUAGGAUGUUUACAGUCUGGUCCUAGUGAUGUAGUCAAGGGUAUCACGGUUUCGGAAUCCACUUAUGAACUUGCUUGGUCUGCCUUAGUUCAAAGGUAUGAUAAACCUCGUCAGUUGGCUACUACUUUGGUUAAUGAAAUGCUCAAUGCUCAAAUUAACCAUCAGGAAUCUCCUGCAGUACUAAUUAAUUUUUUGAAUACCUUUUGUGAGAACAUAGCUCUUCUUCAGUCAUUGAAUAUACCUGAUUUAGGUUCAUUCCUGUUAUUUGCAAUAUCAGUUCGUUGUUUGCCUUCAACUACACGCCGUCUGUUUGAACAGGGAAACACGGCUGAUUUUCCUACUGUUGAUAGUCUAUUAUACUUUGCCAAAGAUAGGGUAGAGGUGUUGGAAAACUCUGGUUCAUCUUUGAUCCAGGCCACAGUUAAGCCUCAAGCAAAGCUCGUCUUCAAUAAACCUAAGCAUACAAAUUCCAAGCCAAACCAAUCGGCCUCUAAGGCCCCUCGAAGCCAUCAAGGUUCUCCAGUGGCGUUAGUUGCUAACAAACCAGCUGGAGAGUCUCAUCGUUGUGAGCAGUGUAACGGUUCUCAUUCUUUAACGUCAUGCUCUACCUUUAAGGACUUGUCGAUCGAUGAUCGCUACGCUUUAGCGAGCAAGCACAGGUUGUGUAUGGUUUGUUUCGGUAGCAAUCAUUGGGCAAACAAAUGUAAGUCCUCAUGUUCUGUUUGUCACGGUCGUCAUCACCAGCUGUUACAUCGAGAUAAUUCCCAUGCCAAGAUACCUCCAAGCAAGGAUCCUGUUGCAUCGUAUAUUGGCACUCAACAUUCCAGAUCGGUCUUGUUGGGCACCGCUUCAGUCAAUGUCUGUGAUGUAGCUGGGUGUUUUCAGCCAGUUCGGGCUUUGAUUGACCCCGCUUCCCAAGUGAGUCUAAUGACCUCUGAGUGUGUUAAACGUCUAGGUCUAUUCUGUGAACAGUGGACAGUCCCAGUAGCUGGUCUAGCAGGUCAGUUAGUGCAAUCCAUCAAUGGCAGAGUGCAGAUCAGCAUCCAAUCGGCUACAGAUGGCAGCAUGAUCAACCUUUCUACUUGGACUAUGCCUAAAAUAACAGGGUCAAUGCCAUCGGCACAACUACCAGUCUCCGUCAGGAACAAGUGCUCUCAUCUAGUUUUGGCAGAUCCUAAUUUUGACUCACCAGCUCCGGUUGAAUUGCUGCUUGGUGCAGAUGUAUUCCCUCAAGUGAUCCGCAGCAGAAGACAUGACUUAGGUGUUGGAUUACCUACUGCCUUUGAUACUAUCUUCGGUUGGAUUCUUCUUGGUCCAGUUGAUCCAUCUCUACCAGCAGCUCCGCAACAGACUAUGAUGAUUUCUUUAUUAACAACUUCAAUUGAAUCUCUAGUUGAGAGAUUUUGGAAGAUUGAAGAACCUGAUGAGGCGCCACAAUCAUUCACUGAAGAAGGAAGAUGUCCUACCUUCCUCCACCAGUUCGGUGAGAGUUGGUCGUCAGAAGUUAAUUUGAUUCCCUCAGACCAGUUGCCUGAGGUCACAGGUCCUGUGUCUUGUGUUGUUGAAACUACAGAAGAGUCGAUUGAGUGGUUCUCUCGCUUCUCGUCUCUAAAUCGUAUGUUGAGAGUUAUUAUUCGUUUACAACGUCUUAUUAAAUUGUGUCGCAAGGUCUCGGUAGACACUAGUUUCCUUUCAUACCAGGAGUAUAAUGAUGCAUUGACAGCUGUAAUCAAGUGUUCACAAGGUCGCGUCCAAGAGCUUCUACCAGGUCCAGACGGAGUGGUUAGGGUAGUAAAAUUACUCACCAAGCAAGGCCUUAUAACAAGACCAGUAGUGAAGCUGGUCCCACUUCCUACUCAUUAA